AUGGUGGAACUUGGCAGCAAGAGCCCGUACGGGCAAUCCUUCGACAAUUCCGUGUUUAUCAUACCUGCCAUCGUCAUCCUUGCCAUAGUCGGUUGGUUCUGUUUCUAUUUGCUUUACAACAAGUUUUUAUAUUUUGAAUUUCUUUCUCAUCACUUUUGA